GCCACUGAGUACUGACAGCAGGAGACGAACAGCAGAUGACCGCUGGAUCUGACUUUGGACAGUUAGAAACAACACUCCGGCAAGUGGACAUAGCCUAUGUUGUGGCAUGUAUCCCGUCUGGACAUGAUGAACAAUCGGGUACUUGGGUAGCCUAAUACCUCACGCAGUAUAAUAACGAGGAGCAUACAGGAUAAGUUCCUUUCUGAAAAAAAUGUGAGGCAAAGCUUAGCCUAUACGUGCGCACUGCUGCCUAGUUUCGGGAAAAGGGGGGUGACGUGCCCGCGCAAAUAUAAGGCGGGGUUCAGUUGUCUAUUAAGCUCUAUAUGUUUUAUAAAGACUGAAGCAACUAUAACCCUCUCCGAAGAGCAAGACGCCAACCCCACUGAGUAGGAGUAGGACUAUGAGGAGCAUGGAGUUAAACACGCGUUGAUGGAAGGGUCGGAGUCACGCUGGUUUUUCACUCUAACAAAUGUUCCACAGGAGUGGGGAGUAUGUUACUCACUCAUGACUCUACGAGGAUGAGGUACAUGUUAACCCUGCAGGUAUCCACUGUGCUGUUUGUUUGCUCAUCUGCAGAGAACGCCUGUGAAAACCUCACAGUGAUGGCAGGGAAUCUCACUUUGUAUUCACAGUCCUAUGGAAACCAGACUGAUCACAAUACCUCAGAGUCACUAGUUCUUUCAGCAGAACUGUUCUGCAAGGUCUCCAUCGAUGGAAUAGGUACGUGUUGGCCAAGAAGUCGCGCAGGUCUGCUGGUGUCGCGACCUUGUCCUGAGUUUUUCCUCGGGGUCAGGUACAAUACAUCUGACAAUGUGUACAGAAAGUGCCUGGCUAACGGUACAUGGGCCUUGAAGGGAAACUAUUCGCAAUGCCGUGCCAUACUUAACACACAGAGGAAGAGUAAGCUACACUAUCAGAUAGCGGUGACCAUAAAGUACAUGGGCCAUUGUCUCUCCCUAUUGGCUCUCCUGUUUGCUUUCACCCUUUUCCUGUACCUAAGGAGCAUCCGUUGUUUGAGGAACAUCAUCCACUGGAACCUCAUCACAGCGUUCAUUCUCAGGAACGGCACCUGGUUCGUGGUACAGCUCACCAUGAGCCCAUACAUUCAUGAGAGCAAUGUGCUGUGGUGUCGCGCGGUGACGGCCGUGUACAACUAUUUCCACGUGACAAACUUCUUCUGGAUGUUUGGGGAGGGCUGUUACCUGCACACGGCCAUCGUGCUCACCUACUCCACGGACAAACUCAGGAAGUGGAUGUUCAUAUGCAUUGGCUGGGGUAUUCCCUUUCCAAUCAUCAUUGCUUGGGCACUUGGCAAGUUAUAUUAUGACAAUGAGAAGUGCUGGUUUGGGAAACGAGACGGAGUGUACACAGACUACAUCUAUCAAGGGCCCAUCAUCCUUGUGCUCGUGAUCAACUUUGUUUUCCUUUUCAACAUAGUCAGGAUUCUAAUGACCAAACUCAGAGCCUCAACAACAACAGAAACUGUCCAGUACAGGAAGGCUGUGAAAGCCACUUUGGUGCUGCUGCCUCUUCUGGGCCUCACCUACAUGCUGUUCUUCGUGAAUCCAGGAGAGGGCGACGUCUCCCAGGUUGUCUUCAUCUACUUCAACUCCUUCCUUGAAUCCUUCCAGGGAUUCUUCGUAUCUGUGUUUUACUGUUUCCUCAACACUGAGGUGCGUUCAGCUGCAAGGAAGCGGUGGCACAGGUGGCAAGACAAACAUUCCAUCAGAAUGAGAGUCGCCAGGGCGACCGCCACGUCCAUUCCAAGCUCCCAGUCACGCCUGAGUUUCCACAGUAUCAAACUGUCAACAUCAGUAUGAGGACUUGGACUUUUCCUGACAGCUUUUUGCAGGGCCCAGGACAAAGUAAUCCGAUAGGGUCCCCCUCCCUAUACAGUACAUACAACGUAAUGAGAACCCAAUUCUGGGCCCCCCUCUGCCCCUGGGCCUGGGACAACUGACCCCUUUGGGCUGCUUUACUACUGUAUGUAGGGAUCACAUCAAAGUCAUUCUCACCCUGUAUAAGUGAAUGAGUGAAAAUGUCAGAAGUAUCGCUGUGUACUCUUUGCCAACCUUUGCAGGGAGAUGGGGGGGGAAAAAACAGGAAAAGGAGAAAAGGAAGAGAACACAGGGUCGAGCAAUAUUGUUUUUGAGGAAAUAAGAACAAAAAAUGAAAAGAGAAAAGGGGGGGAUGUUUUUUUGCACAAUGGAAUUAUCUCCUAAUGUACAGUCAUCCCUUCAGUUGGUCUUGUACUGCUCCAUGAAACAUCACCCAGCCUGAGACACUGAAAGACCAGCGAACAAACAGACCAGCGACCGAUACCAAGUUAUGGGUCAUCUCUAACCAAUUAUGUGUGUUAUGUGUACUGAUGGACGGCAUUCUAUACACUCAAAGUGAAGCAACGGCUGGAGGCAGGAUAUGGAGCAAUUGAGGCGGAAAUAUUCUCGCAAACCAGUCGCAGUUGCAUCAUACACGUUGAAUGGUGUUCAUAGAACCACAGCGUCUCUAUAUACAGGUCAGUAUCUCUAACGCACCUGCCAGGUGAGGUGUGCAAAUAAAAUAAAAAAAACACCAGAAGUGUAUUCCUUUCCCGUAUGAAAGAUACGUACGGUACAUAAAAAACAUGGCUACAACAAUUUUAAGUGUGGAAAAAAAGGAAAUGGGCCACUAGUACUGUGUAUAGAGCUCGAAAGUGACGUCACUUCCCCCGAUUUCAUGGGACCUCAACGGCGUUUUUAGCCGAAAAUCGUAGCAUGUAAUCCAAUGGCGGUAUUAAAAUGGCAUUUCGAUCCCUUUCGAGUUGUGCCACGAGCUCCAUAUAUGUUGUUUCUGAUAUUUUUGCUUAAUUUUUCGUACGAACCCCCACAUUUUUUAAAAAGCUGUGUUUCUUCACAUUUUUCAUGCCGACGGCCUCGGAACAAAACAUUGAUACUUCUGCAUGAAUAAUCUUUAUCUAUCAUCUUAAACAGCAUAUUUGUAGCCCAGCGCAUAUCAUGACUGAGAUCAGAAGAUAUUUACUCGCUACCACGUUGUUAGAUGGUCAGCUUAGGUCCCGUGAAACGCGGAACUAAGGGGCGGGACUUUCGAGCUCUAUGUGCCGUAUAUAGUACCUUAAGCCCCCCUAGGAAAUUGCCAUUGAUCAUGGCAUUGAUCAUAUCAUUGUGACACAGCACUCCACAGCAGUGUACACUGCACACAACAAAAUUGCAUUUAUGCCUCAGUCAUGGAGGAGGAUGCUGGGGAGAAGCA